AUGGGUCAAGCUGCGCUAGCCUUCAUUCGCACCCUAGGCUUAUUCACCGAAGCCGAAGAUGAUUCCACUCCCACUCGCAAUCUCGAUAACGCUGAACAAGGUGGCCCGCUCUGCGGAGUCUGUUCCAAACUCGAUCUACAUGGUUAUCUAUACAAUGGUCUUCCUCGAGAGCAAGCCAUGCAGCUUGGCUCUAUAUCUGAUGUCCUCGAGAAGUCUGGUAGCUGUGUUUUCUGCUCGCUCGUGGCUGCUAUCAUUCGGAGAGGCUGGCUGCUGGACGCAAAGGAGUACAACUUUGAUCCCUCCACGAUCCAGCUGUCGCUUCACGCGAUGGCAUGUGGUUGUAUUAACGAUCCUGUACCACCCACACAACAACUGGCCCACCGUCUCUAUAUACAAACCCCCGACCGUCCUCCAGAGGUGUAUGCCGCAAUCACAGUCGCGGGGGUAGGACUCAUGCUCGAUAUACAGCUGAUGGAAGAAGACGCUAAGAAGAUGGGACGGACGAGAGAGCUUCAUGGGCGAAGGGUAUCUGAGACGGUAGACCUGGAUCUGGUAAGAAAUUGGAUGGACAUAUGCUGCAAAGAGCAUGGAGAUGCAUGCGAGUCCGUAUGGUGGAGAGGGACCGAGGAAACGCUACCAGAUGCCGUGCGCAUGGUGGAUGUUCUGGAUGAGAAGAUCGUCACUGCACCAACAGGGGCUCGGUACCUCGCGCUCAGCUACCUUUGGGGUGGCAUCGGCGAGUCGUAUUGGACGACCGCAGAGAAUCUGCCUGCAAGGAUGCAACCGGGCGGACUCCCCUUAUCCAUACUUCCCGCGACAAUAUCCGACGCCAUCCUCCUGACUCGUGAACUCGGGGAGCGCUAUCUGUGGGUGGAUGCACUUUGCAUCGUACAGGAUGGUCCUGCAGACAAAGCGGUCCAGAUAAGUGUGAUGGAGCUGAUCUACGGGUCCGCCGCUCUCACCAUCUUCGCCGCUGGUGGGACCAAUGCCAAUGCUCCGCUGCCCGGCCUUCGCCGCGGUACGCGCAUGGUCCAUCAGCGCGCCGAGCAUGUGCAAGGCCUUCAUCUGGCAGUCCCGCUCCCCACGCUACUCGAGGCGUUUACCAAGACAGCUUGGAACACUCGUGGGUGGACGUACCAAGAGCUCAUGCUCUCGCGCCGCCGCCUGUUUUUCACGCAGGAACAGGUGUACUUCGAGUGC